AUGGCCUAUAACACUCCAAUUCAGCACACUCAGCCAACCAUCUCAACCCAGCAGACAUACAACCAGAAAACGGUAAACAUUCUUCAGAUCAAUACACAAAAGAGCAAGGCAGCAUGCUCCCAUCUCAUUCAUAUAGCCAACGAAAAGAACAUUGACAUCAUUUGUAUCCAGGAGCCGUACUACAUCAACAACAAAAUUGUGAGAUUCGGCAGAUGGAACGUCUUAUCUGGGAACGAGGACACAAGGCCCAAAAGUGGCAUCAUAUGCUGCAACCCCAAUCUGGACAUUGCCAAAAUCCCACACCUGUGCUCAGACAGACUUACAACAGUAAUCUUACAACUCUCGGACCCGAUCAUUAUAAUUAGCACCUACUUCUCCCCAGAUGACAGUGACGAGGAAUGCAUAAAAGAGCUCUCCAACACAAUCAGGAAGAUUAAAAACAAAAGGAUCAUGGUCAUGGAGGACCUAAAUGGGAAAUCUCCCAUUUGGUUCCACGAGAAAGAGGACAACAGAGGGAGAUUGAUUUCGGAUGUCAUGAACGAAUUCGACUUGAUCUCCACUAACAUGACCACGCAUCCCACUUUUUACACCCCACACGCCAAGGGCUGGACAGACAUCUGCCUUGUAUCUGACAACAUCUCCCACCUAAUUGAAAACUGCGAGACUCUUCUGUGCCACUCUGCCAGUGAUCAUAGGUUUAUCCUCACUCAGAUUGAGUACAACAACCCCACAAUAAAUGAACAAAACAACCCCUUCCGGAAAAGACAGACAAACUGGACUGCCUUCAGGCAGGAAUUCUCUAGGAUCUGGCGAAACUACAACUUCCCUCCGAUAACAACUCACGAGGACAUUAAUAACUACGCCGACUUUUUCACGAACGCCUUACAAUCAGCAGGUAGGAAGGCCCUCCAAUACAAAAGCCUACCACCCAGGAAAACUCACUGGUGGGACACCUCACUUAGCCAGAGGAAAAAGGAGGUGGACAAAUUACGGAAGAAAUAUACCAAAACCAACAACGAUGCCAAAAAAGAACAAUAUAGAAACCAAUAUAAGGAGGCAUUUAAAAACUACAAAAAGCAAAUUAAUAAGGCACAAACCAACUCCUGGAAAAAAUUCUGCUCAGACUCUAACAAAAAAGGCCCUUGGGAGCUACCAUACUACCUUGUGAUGAAGAAACAGAAAAGCUCUUUCCUGCCAGACAUUAUCAACCCUGGUAAUACUAAUAACAACACCGAUCACAUUGACAUAGAAGAAAACAUCAAGAGUAUCCUACAUUAUCACUUCCCGAAAGACAACCAGGACGACGAGACAGAUGAACAGAAACAGAUUAGAAAUAGCAUUAGAAUGACCACUCUCAAUAACAACAACAAACUGUUUACCUUCAAGGAAGUUAAAAAGGCCCUUAACAGUAUGGCCAACAGGAAAUCCCCAUGA